CGUGUUUCGCAAAAUUAGUGCUAUGACCACAACAACGCAUUCUUCCUUGAGAUUUAUCCUAAUUGCGGCCCAAAUUUUCGGCAUGUUUCCUGUUUCUGGCGUGGCAAAAAAGGACCCCACUUUUUUAAAAUUCAAAUGGACUUCGAAACGGACGAUUUAUUCCAUAAUCUUUGCGCUUGCUGCAGUGGUAAAUACUAUCAUUUUUCUCGUACAUAGGGUGAGUUUGGGACGGCUUAAGUUCGCAGACUGGGUUACACUCGUAUUUUUCUCAGUGACUUUCCUCAUAGUUGUUUUACUAUUACAAAUUGCAAAACACUGGCCUUCACUUAUGAAGAAGUGGACACAGGUAGACGAGGCUAUGUCCGGGUACGGCUUUCCUCCGAAAUUGGAGAGGAAACUACGGAUAAUUUUUGCAAUCACUGUGGUUGCCUCCUUAGUGGAACAUGGAUUAUUUAUCAGGGUUGAGUACAUGUCUUGUCGGGGUAACAAUUUAUCAGAGGCACUGGAUCGUUUUUUAAUGUUUCACUACGACUACGUUUUCGCUCUUGUUCCUUAUCACGUGGUUUUGGGCAUUAUUCUAGAGAUUGUAAACAUUUUUAGUACCAUAUCGUGGACGUUUAUGGAUCUUUUUAUAAUUUUGGUCAGUCUGAGCUUGUCUGCAAGGUUUAAACAGGUGGCAAAAUACAUUAAAUUUCUCGUUGAACGAAAUGUAUUGAAUGAAAAUUCUUGGCAAAGGGCACGACAAGAUUACACUCGACUCACAAAUUUAUGUAAGGAUUUGGACGAAGUUAUGUCUAGUACAAUUCUGUUAUCAUUUGGGAACAACAUUUUCAUUAUCCUAGUGCAUCUUUACAAUUCUCUACAGAAACCUCUAGAAUUCGGUUAUUUAGAUGAAAUUUAUUAUUUGUAUUCUUUUAUUUGUCUCUUGGUUCGUAUCAGUGCUGUGGCUUUACAUGCCGCUACGAUAAAUACCGAGAGUAAGAGACCGAUUUAUCUUUUGAGUACGAUACCUCAUCAUCGUUAUAACUUGGAGAUUGACAGACUUUUGCUAUACACUAAAUAUGAAACUGCGGCCCUAACAGGACACAAGUUAUUCAGGAUAACCAGGACGUUGAUUUUAAAAAUAACUCUGGCAAUUGUAAUUUACGAAUUUGUUUUGGUGGAAUAUUUAAAAGUGGAAAUAACCAAUACAUCAUGGAAUAUUUGUCGGACUAAUAUGAAGGAAAACACCACUCAAAACUGCCUCUACUUCAUGCUUGUUUUUGCCCAAUGUUUCGGCAUGUUACCAGUAACCGGAAUAAGUGAAGAAAAUUGCAAGAAUUUAAAAUUCAAAUGGUCGUCCAAACGAACGUUUUAUUCGCUCACUUUCGCGUUGGUUGCCACAGCAAAUACGGUUUUUUUUCUCAUAAAAAUGAUCCGCGGAAAGAGGAAUGAAUUCCAAGAGUGGGUUGCAUUAUUAUUCUUCUUCGUUACUGUAAUAACAGUGGUGAUCUUCCUAGAUGUGGCCAAAAAGUGGCCGCAACUUAUGAAAAAAUGGACAGAGGUGGAUACGGCCAUGAAUUCUUACGGCUUUCCGAUUGGUUUAACAAAGAGAUUAAAAACAACGACCUUACUAGUUAUUUCAGCAGCGAUUGUGGAACAUGGUUUAUUUGUUGCCGUUGCUUCUGCACCAUGUGAGGGCAAAAAUUGGUCUGAAUUAUUUAAUAACUACUUCAAAAUGCGAUUUGAUUACGUAUUUGACGUGAUCCCGUACCACUUUUUCUGGGGCAUAAUGUUCCAGGUCUUAAAUAUUUUUAGCACCGUAUCUUGGAAUUUUAUGGAUUUGUUUAUAAUUUUAAUCAGCUUGUGUCUAUCUGAGAGAUUUAAGCAAGUGGCGACCAGAACGAAUCAAUUAGCUGCCAAAGAAGUGACCGAUGAACGAAUUUGGGAACAAUUAAGAGAAGACUAUACACGUCUUACGAUUUUAUCUCACACUGUGGACAAGACACUGGCUAACACUGUUGUCCUAUCAUUUGCAAACAAUUUAUUUGUCAUUCUUGUCCAGUUAUUUUACAGCUUACAGGCGCCUCCACGUUUCGGAAUUUUGAACAAACUCUAUUAUGUCUAUUCUUUCGCUUUCCUGAUUAUUCGUAUGGUUGCCGUUGCUUUAAAUGCCGCCACAAUUAAUAACGAAAGUCUAAAACCUAAAUAUUGCUUAAAUACUUUGCCCCAUUUUCUCUGGAAUGUUGAGAUUGAUAGAUUUAUUUAUCAAAUUAAGUACAGUCCAGUGGUGCUUACAGGUCACAAAUUGUUCAAAAUAACCAACGCUUUGGUUCUACAGAUAACCGUGGCCAUCGUAACAUAUGAAUUGAUUAUGAUACAGUACGUAAGAGUAAAAUGGUCUUGAAUAAAAGAAUUAUUGUUAAAUAUUGUGUACACCCUUGUAAUAAUA